AUGGUGCAUCCGUCGCAGAGAGGACGCAGUGAUGGCCGUUACCGUACCACUGUGCUGUGUGCCUUUCUAGCACUUGCCCUUAUUUUGGCUGCUCUGGGCUGUACCCCCGUACGCGCUCAGCAUCGCAUGCGCGAGCUGGAAGAACGUGAAAGGAAUGCCUCUGAAAAUGCUGACAAAAUCGCCGGCGGCAGCGGCCACAAGAACUAUGAAGCGGCGACCAAAGACGGAAUAUUCAGAGAUGCAGACACGCAGACUGAGUCUUCGAGCGAUAGCGUAGAGAGCUCCGAUAUGGUGACCGUUUCUCAGAGUGGUGCGGUGUCUUCUUCCCUCGAGACAGUAGACGCGCCCUCCACCGAGCAGGGUUCGUCGUCCUCUGUACCUGCUAGUAGCGCCAGAACCCAGCCUAACUCGUCGUCGUCUUCAGAGAGCAGUGACCCCUCCAUAGCGUCUUCUUUCUCUGAGAUAAAUAAGGGAGAACAAAGUAAUCAUAGCGGCACCAGUGCCAUCAUCAGCACUACCACGACAAGCCCUAGCACUACCACCACAACAGCAACCCCAACAACGAGUCAUUCUACAGGUGGUGACGGUAAGAGCACAGUUGUAGCUUUUCUUUUCUUCAUUGUCUUCAUAGCAGCACUGAUCAUGUACAGCGGGCGACUCUGCCCAAGCAAGUGUCCGUUCUUUGAUUAUAAUGGCGGCAGACCUGGCAGCGGACUGCGCCUGGAGAUGCAGCCGCAACUUCAGCACUACACCAAUCUGCGCGGCAACGAGGGCGGCCGCGACAUCUUUGUCGAAAUGGGCGACAAGCCCACCCAGAGGAUGCGCGACUCUGGCGCACACCACGAUAGUGGCGCGAUGGAUUCUUUCAGCUUUCUGGUGCAGAAUAACCCCGCCGCGGUAUAUGAACCCUUCGGCUCUUCCGGUUUCUCGGCUGGUCCGGAGGCUGCGCAGGCCCCACAAACGUUCAAGAAUUCGCUGAAGUCACUGCGGAAAGGCAUGCGUGGCCACACAUCGACUACGGCUGUGUCCUCCCCCGUCCCUGCUACGACGACCGGAACGUUGGGCUUCGGCACGGGAAGUCCGCUUGCUUGCUCCACUGCGGACACACGUUCGAGUUACACCGGCACUAUUACUACGCCACUGACCAAGAUGACACCACGUGUUGAAGAGGACUGGGAGUGGUGA